AUGGCCCCACCGCGAAUGGAGCAGUGGCGAUAUCUGCCUCAGGACGGUGCCCCCAUGCAAAUACUGGUUUCUCCCAGCCUUGAUGGGCCAAAGUCGCAGCAUGUUCUGCAUCCUGGCGACAUCUUCACUGUGGUGGAUACCGCAACCCAAGCUGGCAUGACAUUUCUCAGACUCCAAGAUGGCCGAGGCUGGGCAUUGCAAUCCAAGCCUGUGGGAAGCUGGCAGUCAUUCUUUGGCGGAGAGCCGACGACGCUUUGCAUUCCGUUUUCUGGGUCUCAAGCACCAGAUCCGCGAGCGGGGCAAUUCAGCAGACCGUCGACGUUGAGUUCAACCCUGCCACCAGAGCGUCCGACAGUACCACAGACGCAACUCCGCAUUGACACAGCAGUUCCACAAAGUGGUCUUUCAAACCGCAGAUCCGAUGUCGUUGGCUUGCUGGGAAAUACUGCCCCAGGCCUGGGUGAGUCUCAGCCUAAACCUGACAGUGCCAGCAAAGCGCCGCUUCUGCACGUUCGCGUACUUUCUGCAAACGGCUUGCGGAACAUGGACAUCGGCAGCUUCUUCGGCAACAAGUCCGAUCCGUAUGUUGUGGUUCGUCUCGGAAAGGAGCAUCGUCAAACCCCGGUGAUCGACAACAAUCUAGAUCCGGUAUGGACAGACGGUCGAGACUUUACUUUCGACUUCAAUGCUGCACCAAACCUUCUGGAAUUGGAAGUGUUCAACUCCAACAUGUUCGUUGACGACACGCUGGGCAAGACAUCGCUCUUGCUGAACAGCAUUCCAACUGGAAGGUGGGUCAGGAAGAAAGACCAGUUAAGAGGGUCUUCUGCAGUUGCGCCAGCAGAAGGGGAGCUCGAGUACGAAGUCCUCAUCGAAGGAGGUAGUGAGGGCCGAGGUGCUGGGGCUAUUCUUGCGGGCGUGGCACGCGAUGCCAGUGACCAGGACAUACAUCCUGGCGUUUACAAGGUGAUGGCUGGGACAGCGGUGUACCGGACUUCCACCGGUUGCAGUGAUCGCGACGCCGUGGGCCACCUGGCAGCUGGCCAGCAGGUUUCCGUGCAACAGGUGCUGAAUUGCCCAUCUGAGCAGAGAGUCCGUGGGCGCAUCGAUGAUCCACACGGAUGGAUCCCGCUGCUCGACACUAGUGACGGAUUUCGAUGGGUACUUCCGGUUGUGACAAAGACUUUCUUGGUUGACAACACUUGGCUGCAAGCUUCCUGUGGUGGACUUGGCUACCGCUUCAGCAGAGAUCUGAAUGACAAGGAUGUUCGACCCGGGGAGCUGGGGGGAGCGCCAUGGAACUCUGUGGUGCGUGGCGAAGACCAAGGUGACGGCUGGCUCAAGGUGACUGAUGGACGAUAUUUGCCGAUGCGUGUCAACGGCUAUCCAGUGCUCAAGGCAUCGGAUAGCCUGGGCUCCGAAAGCAUCGAUGAAACAGCGGCGGCUGAGGAGGAGCUUGACAGGCUGUAUCGAGAGCUGAACCGUCGAAUGGACACAUCACGCUAG